AUGUUGCUCUUUGGAAGAACACUCGGAGCGGCCGUUGCCGCACCGCCUUUGACGAAGCGCAUCAAGAACGUCGUCAGAAACCACCCCGAGCGCAUCUUCCAACCCAUCCAGCUCGUCGUCACAAAGGAGGUCGAGAAGGAGAUUGAGGCCGAGGAGGAGAGGGAGGAGGAGGAGGAGGACACGAAGAGUGACGAGGUCGACGAGGCGAGGACAAGAAGAUGGGUUGGAGACGGAGAUGGAGAUGGCAGCGCGCCCUUCGGCCUCUUCGAGCAGGAGAAGCGCAACAACAUCAAGCUAUACGUCCGCGCCGUCUUCAUCACGGACGGCUGCAAAAAGGUCAUCUCCGGGUACCUCAACUCCGUCAAGGGCGUCGCCGACCACGAGGACUUGUCGCUUGACAUCUUCCGCGAGACGCCCAAGCAGAACAAGAUAUAUCCGAAGUCAUCCGCAAGGCUGCCGUCGAGAAGUACACCAUCAAAUGUCUCUGCGCCAUCUGGAUCUGAACCUUCUAACGCCGCUUCCUCCUCCGCUCCUGCUGUUAUCUCAAAGUCUGCUUCUGUGUCUGCUGCUGGUGCCUCUCAGGAUGACUCUAAUGCUCGUCGUGCUCCGGAGAAAUCUAAGAAGGAUGCGAUGGCUGCUCUCGUCAACCACAAUCAGCGCGAAGACGACGAUGCUAGGCGGGCGGGGGACCCCUCAGACAGUCUCCACGAUUUUCGGAAGGACACAGAGCCGAUCCCCACUGAGCCUGGUCUCAACAUGCAGUCUGUAAAGGCUUGCUCUCCUCGCCUCAAAUCGAGCGGCACCAUAGUUCCACACUGCGAAGGAGUUCGCGGACCCCAUGGCGUAUAUGCGCCAAAUCGGCCCUGA